CGGGCUGUCAAGCAUAUAUUUAAACCAAGCACCUUCUUUCACAGAAAGGUACCCCCAUCCGGCCAGCUUUUCUCCUUGAAGGGUCCGAUUCUCAAUUUCCCCUUUAACAUUCUUUCUAGUUCCAGUGCAUCUUGGUCGUUCUUAAUCGCAGCGGAACCACCUCUUGAGAUUACCAACAACUGAGUGCCGCAUCGCCAACCAUCAACAAUACAAUUUCACUCCCAAAAGUCACAAUGAAUCGAACGUUCUUGAUUCUCUCCGUUGUCACUGCCUUCGCUGUAAACAUAUUGGAACACACCGAGGCAGCCGUCGUAGGACACCAUCCAGAUCCAUGGAGGAAGUCUAUACAGCGAAAGCAUGGAUCACCUUCCUUUCUCCUUUUUAGAAGGGCGACUGAAACCGAGGAUGACGAGCCAGUUGGUCCAAGCCUUAUGCAACAACUAAGAUAUCCAUCGGAGCAGCAGGAAGAAGACAACGAACCUCAUAGCUUUAUGAUGAUCAGCACCUCAACUUACAGCACAGAUGACAUGUCGGGAUCAGAUCCAUUCGGCGGGCCGGGCGAUUCUCCAGGUGUUGUUAGUAUUGGGAUGACGAUCAUCCAGUUGGACGAUUCACCAGCCAUAGAAACCCGCAAGGUUGCGAGGCGCUUUGGAUCAAGAGGUCCGCUAUCCAUCGAAAGAUCAUACACCUCUUACGACACGACCGCUUCCUCGGAUCCAAGCGAUGAAUCACCUUACAGCCGGUCUGAACCUCUUGUUAGAAAUACACGGGCCGGCAAGCUUCCUGAAGGCCUGGGUUCCGGCACAUUCGAAAGCUUAUGGAAGGCGAUGAACGAAAGGAAUAGCCAGGUCCCGUUGUCUAUGCCCACAGGUGACUCACGCACUGAACAAGCCGAAAAACCCAAAGAUUCGUACCAAAAUUCACCACCCGUUGUGAAAGAGGAUAUUCCACAUCCUUUCACCGCACCCGCCAAAGAACAAAUCGUAAUGAAAUCCAGCCCCACUUUUGACAAUACAUCUCAUCACUCACAGCUCUAAGUAAUAUGUAUCAACCCAGGUAGUUUUGAAGUCAUGGAUUGCUGCUUGAAAUAUUUAGAUUAACCAAGCUCCUCCUAGAAAUAUUACAAUACACUAGCCUAAGAAGUAGGCCCACCUAAAUUUCCUUUCUUUCUUUGUAAAUCCAACUUUCUUUUGUUGCAAACCUAACCAUCAUCUUUUGCUAGAAAAGUCCACACCUCUUCAGGCAAAAAAAUUCAUUCAAUGAGAACAGUCCACAAGAUUAUGAAGAAGAUUUCCUCAUGUUUAUGAAUGUCUUCAAAAAUGGAUCAAACACAAUAAAAAAAUCAUGUAUAUAUGUUUCUAUUCUGAGUAAAAUUUGGUAGAUACUUACUCACAACCCCUCUGGAAACAAGUGUACAGAAUAAUGUCAUUCUUGAAACAAUUGGAGACAAAUGGCCCAGAGUAUAUAAUAAAGAUGUCACAGUUGAUUCAGCAAA